AAGCAUCCCGGGCUGCAGCCCGUUCCUGGACCCACCAUGGCUGCAGACGGGCUGGAUGAGCGCUCCCCAUUGCUGGCGACCUCCCACUCGGGCACCGUCACCCCCAGCGCCCCUCCGUACCUGCUGGACAGCAGCCCCCGAGCAGAACUCCCACCUCCAUAUACCGCCAUUGCCAGUCCAGAUGCCAGUGGGAUUCCAGUAAUAAACUGCCGGGUGUGCCAAUCUCUCAUCAAUUUGGAUGGCAAGCUUCACCAGCAUGUGGUUAAGUGCACAGUCUGCAAUGAAGCUACACCAAUCAAAAAUCCCCCAACAGGAAAGAAAUAUGUUAGAUGUCCUUGUAAUUGUCUCCUCAUUUGUAAAGAUACGUCUCGGAGAAUAGGAUGUCCGAGACCCAACUGUAGACGCAUAAUUAACCUUGGCCCAGCAAUGCUUAUUUCUGAACAGUCAGCUCAACCUGCGUUGCCAAGCCAACCAGAAGGAACCAGGGUCGUGUGUGGACACUGUGGAAACACAUUUCUGUGGAUGGAACUGAGGUUCAACACUCUGGCAAAAUGCCCACACUGCAAAAAAAUUUCCUCUGUGGGUAGUGCACUUCCCCGAAGACGCUGCUGUGCAUAUGUCACCAUUGGAAUGAUUUGUAUUUUCAUUGGUGUUGGAUUAACUGUUGGCACCCAAGAUUUUUCAAGACGAUUUCAUGCAACCUAUGUUUCUUGGGCAAUUGCUUAUCUCUUAGGUUUGAUCUGCCUUAUUCGAGCUUGUUAUUGGGGAGUAAUAAGAGUGAGUUAUCCAGAACACAGUUUUGCCUAAGUUUGUUUAUGAGUCAAUGAUGUGGGACGUAGUAUCAAGCAGUUCUUGAUCAGCUUCUCUGGGCAUCUUUAAAUCAUUCAUGCUAAUGAAUUCCAUUCUAGCUUAUGUAUAAAAUUUCAAGAUUUGGGGGAAGCUUAAGGCAAAUGCUCACAGCACUUCACUAUCUGGAAGUAGUUUGUUUUGCUGCUAGAUUUUCAAGCUCUAAACUAUAAAACC